AUGUUCCAACUGCUCCAGGGCCACCUCCACAAGUCCAGACGUCGCGUCCACAAACCCUCUCGCCUCGUGUCCAAAGAUGGCCGCUGUAACAUCGAGUUCGACCAUGGCGCCCGCCUGGCGUUCCUGGGCGACAUGUGGACCACAGUGGUCGAGAUCCGCUGGAGAUUUGUCCUCCUCCUCUUCGUCACCUCCUUCACAGGAAGCUGGUUCGUCUUCAGCCUCCUAUGGUACUGGAUUGCAAAGACCAACGGAGACCUGGCGGGCCAGAACCGGACGAGCGAGCAUGUGACGUGCAUAGACAACGUGAACGGACUGACCACGGCGUUCCUCUACUCCCUGGAGACGCAGACCACCAUCGGGUACGGCGGCCGCGCUCUGACCGGUCACUGCGCCGGCACUGUGGCCCUGAUCAUGGUCCAAUCUCUGCUCGGAGUCUUCAUCAACUGCUUCAUGUGCGGCGUGAUCUUGGCCAAAAUCUCGCUGCCGAAGAAGCGAGCGAAGACAGUGACGUUCAGCAACACCGCCGCCAUCUGCCUGAAGAACGGGCGGCUAUGUCUUCUGAUCCGCGUGGCCAACCUCCGCAAGACCCUACUGAUCGGGAGUCACAUCUACGGCAAGCUGGUCAGGACCUCCGCCCCGGCCGACGGAGAGGCCACGCUCCUGGACCAGGUGGAUGUGGGAUUCACGGUGGACGCGGGGAAGGAUAACCUGUUCUUCAUCUGCCCCCUGACGCUGUGCCACGUGAUUGACAGGUCCAGUCCGUUCUUCGAGCUGUCGUGCGAGAGCCUCCCGCAGCAGGACUUUGAGCUGGUGGUGUUUCUGGACGGAACCGCGGAGUCCACCAGCUCCUCCUGCCAGGUCCGGACCUCCUACGUCCCUCAGGAGAUCCAGUGGGGCCACACCUUCUUGCCCAUUGUCUCCAAGACCAAAACGGGAAAGUACAGCGUGGACUUUUCCAACUUCUCCAGGAGCAUCCCGGUGACCACGCCCCACUGCGCCCUGUGCUUCUCUGCAGACGUGGAGCAGAGCAACGGCCACUGCCCUCAGCGACAGAACCAGGACAACAGCAUCCGGCAGGGCAUCGACAACCUGGGCUUCCAGAUGAUCCGGGAGGACGGGACCCACGAGGACUGGACCCACGAGGACCGGACCCAAGAGGACGGGACCCAGGAGGACGGGACCCAGGAGGACGGGACCCAGGAGGACGGGACCCAGGAGGACGGGACCCAGGAGGACGGGACCCAGGAGGACUGGACCCAGGAGGACGGAACCCAGGAGGACGGAACCCAGGAGGACGGAACCCAGGAGGACGGAACCCAGGAGGACGGAACCCAGGAGGACGGAACCCAGGAGGACGGAACCCAGGAGGACGGAACCCAGGAGGACGGGACCCAGGAGGACAGGACCCAGGAGGACAUAGAGGCAGCUCACGCAAAAAACAUGUGA